UGGUGCGAUCAGACACGAUGAGCAAUCUCGGUGCACCUCCUUCGUCGUGGUCGGCCUCACGGCUUAGUGCGUGGCUCGGAGAGGAUGAGAAACUAAACCCCGAGGCAAUCGAUGCCUUGGCCCUGUGCGAUGUGGACGGGCGCAUGUUCCUGGAGAUGGAUGAAGAGGAUCUGGCCGAAUCGGACGAGCUGGGCUUAGAUAUGAAAAGCAUCCACGCGUUCUUGAAGCUCCAGGCGGACCUCGAGGCCCUGGAGCUGUCCCACCACGGCGAGCGACCCCCGCUCCCCGGUUCCUCCGUUCUCCCCUUCAACACGGCGAACCCACAACCACGACCCCCCCCUCCAGCGACGGCGGCGGCGGCAGCAGCAGCAGAGACGGCAGGUUCCUCGGGGGAACCUCCGUGUACACUAGGAGGAGAGAGCUCUGUCGGUGGUUGUGGUAGUGGUGGUGGUAGUAGGUCAUGGUCGCUGCCGUGCGUAUCGGUUGACGCGGAAGGAAACAGCUUCUUUUGCGACAGGAAGGUUGCUCUCGGGGCGGGGACGACGGGGUCUGGGAUCGGAGCGCUGUCGGAGCUGAUUCCAACCACAGGUCUCAAGUUCAGGGAGACUCCGGGGGACUACGACUUCGACUUCCACUGCGCUCCCGCGAGGCAGCUUGUGGUGAGCCUUGACGAAGGGGUGGACAUCGAGGUCACGGACGGCACGCGCCGAGUGUUUCCGGCAGGCACGGUGAUGCUUGCGGAGGACACGUGGGGGAAGGGUCACCGCUCACGCGCUGUUGACGGGAAGUCGAGAAAGUCGCUCUUCCUCGUCCUGCCUGACGACUUCAAGCUGGGAGAGUGA